CGCCGUAAUCAGCGCACACAACCUUGCCGUAUUUACCCGACAGGCAGGUAUAUUGGGGCGCUGUUGUGGCGGGAGCGGCGUGCCCCUCGGCGACGCCACAAACCCCGCCAUUGAGACAGCGCCACAAAGAAGCGUUUUACCCUCGGGGCGAUAGAGAUUUCCCCGAUUUCCCAGUGAGAGAGAGACGCGCGAGAUCUGGUGAUAGAUAAGUGCGGUGGGUGCGAGGAGGCUGUGUCUGUGGCGUGUGUGGUGUGAUUGUCGGCGAAGAUUGGUGGCCGCGGGGAAGAUGGCUUAUCACGAACAUCACUUGUCGGAUCACCUUGCUGGAGGCGCGCAUUAUGGUCCCAAAACCACAUCAAUAACCCGCCUGUGUGGCCCUUUGUCUCCCCCGGCGACCCGUUAAGUCCUCCCUCAAAACAAGGUUGGCCGCCGAGCAGUCAACACGCAUACAGGCGCAGGAAUGGAGAAAAAAAUCAAUGGGACGCCUUUCCACGACUAUACGGGAGCCAUGAGCCGUCCCGAGCAUGUUCAGAAAAGAGUACAGUGCCGCGUCCAGCCGAGCCUCCGAGGGCCUAGUGUGUGUUGCAGUGACGGUGAUGCGGGACGGUGUGGCGGUGAAACGUCCACUCGUCUGUAUACCAAAUGAAGCGACCGAGGAGUUUUGUAAAGUUGAGAAUCGAGAAGCAGCCGACGACCAUGGCCAGCGAUCCCGCCUCCUCCUCGGCCCCGCCCUCGUCCUCGUCCUCGUCCGUGCCCAGCCUCGGCCAGGGGAAGCACGGCGGCCUGGAUGACGCUGUAUCAAAACUUCUGGAGGGUUACGACUGGACGAUGCUGCCCAUGACGCAGAAGUCCUCGCUCAAGCACCGCGCACACAUCAAGCGGCCCAUGAACGCCUUUAUGGUGUGGGCCCAGGCGGCGAGGCGGCGUCUGGCUGACCAGUACCCGCAGCUGCACAACGCCGAGCUCUCCAAGACGCUGGGCAAAGUGUGGAGGGUUCUGAGCGAGGAGGAGAAGCAGCCCUUUGUGGAGGAAGCGGAGAGGCUGAGAACGCAACAUAAGAGAGAUCACCCGGACUACAAAUAUCAGCCCCGCCGCCGCAAGCCCCCCAAGACCCUCACGAGCCUGAUGGAGGGAGACGCAGGGCCGCCCUCUCUGCCCUACCGCGUGCAAAGCGGCCUGAUGGGUGGGGGCGGCGGCUACUGUGCGGGCGUGGGCAUGGGCGUCACCCUCCCCCCGGCAGCCCACACCCACGCCGCGCCGCCCACACCACCCAAGACCCCGCAGCACCAACUCACUGCUAGCAGAGGCGGGCCGUGUGGAGGGAGUGACGGAGGGCGGAGUGACUGCAGCUUCAAGGCCGCCUCAUCCACCUACCCCCGGGAACCCCACCACCCUCACCACCCCCACCACCCCCAUCACCACCACGCCCAGCUCUUCAGCCAGGGCACAAACAGCACCAGCAGUAGUACCAGCGGCGGCGGCGGCGGCGGGGGAGGCGGAGGCAGCGGCGGCGGCGGCAGCGGGGGCGGGGGCGCCGGGCCGAUCGCGGGGGGCAGUCAGUUCAUGGGAGAGACGAUGGUGGGGGCGCGGAUGGAGGCGGCCAUGGCUCUCCAGGCGGCACGGGGGAACUUUCCUUCGUCCUCCUCCUCCUCCUCCUCUUCCCCCUCCGCCCCCUCAGUCGCCGCCUCCUUCCCCGCCUGCGCCGCCGCUCCAGGUGCCUCCUCCUCCUCCUCGUUCUUCCGCGACGAGUCCAAUAUGGCCGCCUCGCUCAUGAGACCCAGCCUAGGACAGGACUUCUUCCAGGGGCACAUGUUCGGGGGGUCCCAGGGCGCUGUCAACCUGCAGGGCGCCCAGAGCUUCUACCACUACGGGGCUCAGGGCCUGCACCACUACUACAUGACCCCGAGAUAACUCACACUUCCCCGCCGCCACCACCGCCACCUUCACCGCCACCUUCACCUCGACACGAAACUCUGGAUACCUAUACCCCAUUAUUAUUAUGCUGCUGUUGUUACUACUACUACUACUACUACUACUACUACUACUACUACUACUACUACAAAUACUAUCCCCCCCUCUCUCUCUCUCUCUCUCUCUCUCUCUCUCUCCAUAUGUACAGAGUAUAGGAUUAUGAUGUUCUUGCGUGAGCCUUGCGUGAAGCGUGUACAUAACGCGUUUUCCGUGUGUGUGUGUGUGUGUGUGUGUGUGUGUGUGUGUGUGUGUGUGUGUGAGAGAGAGAGAGAGAGAGAGAGAGAGAGAGAGAGAGAGAGAGAGAGAGAGAGAGAGAGAGAGAGAGAGA